GAGACGUCGUUGCGUAGUGACGUCAUCAACAGGCGCCUACAAAAUCAUCACAUGAAGCUUCAUUCAUGCCGCCAGCAGCUCGAAGAAACCGGCAGGUACGAAUUUAUGAAACCGACAUUAACUGCUGUCUGUCUGCUUGGCUACAAUUUAUUGUUUCUUCGAGACCACGGGGCACAUGUCCUCUGCUGUAUUUCCUCUCAUGAAUAAUCUUAAUUUCACCAGAACGUAACUUUUUCACAGUUCUUGUCUUUAACAGGAAGCUAACUUUAGCUCAGGUACUGGUGAAGUUAGUUUACGUUUAAAUAGUUUUCAGCUGUUCAUCAAAUUCACAGGACUAGUCUGAAUAUACAAGAUCAUUUAAAAUUAUAAGUGUUUAAAUAACUUUAUGUGAGUCUGUAGCGUUGUUAGAGAGGUGGUUUACUUCACCUCAUAAAAAUAAAGAAGUGUCUUAAAAAUGUAACCAGGGUCUGUCAUCUAUGUAAGAGCACAGAGAAACAGAAACCUCUCUGUUUCUAUAGCAUAUAUACUAUACUGUAUGUUGACACUCACUGACUAGGUAUUUUUCUGUUUUAAAGCCAGCUGCUUUUUUUCACUCCUAAGAAACAUUUUUGAAUCACUGUUAUGCAAGGCUGUCUUCAGAGUUAUAAAAUUCAACAAUUUAUCCAUCACUAAAGCCAUUCUUUUGCACACUAUCAUCUUAUAUAUCCACUGUUAUAUCAUCCAGACACACACACUAAUGUGAAUUAAAUGAGGAAAACUGUUCAGCUUGAUCUGCGGUCAUUUAAAAUGCUAUGAUGUUAGGGGAUGUUAACGUUGCAGUGACCGGGCUGAUCGCUCCAUCUGUGGGUGUGAUUGCUCCUUUUUUAAUCAGCCUCAUGGGUCCAGAUAGCAACUGAUGGAGCAGCUAUUAUAACAAAAAGUAUCAGGCAAAAGGAAAAGGCCAGAUUACAAGCUGUUUUGUGGAUUUAUUUAAUUAAAUUCACAGCAUAAUGAAGGCCUGAAUGGUUUUUAUAAUAUUUUAGUUAUGAAGAUUAAUUUAGAAUCCUGUCCUGUAUGAGAAAUAAUGAAAACAAAAUGAAUCAGUCGCAGCUAGGGCUGAGGAAUAUGGGAAAAAGUUUAUCACAAUAUGUUUUUUUCAUAUCAGGCGAUAUUGAUAUAUCACAAUAUAAAAAAUCACUUGUCAAUCUUAAAUGUUCCCUGUUACUCUUAAAUGAAAUUUAACAUGUACCCGACAUAAUUUGCCGUGCACAUUACUCUGCUUCAUGUCAGACCUCAAAAAACCAUAUACCUCCACACCACCAACGUUUUUGUGCCAGUGUUGUUGAAGAUGUCAUCAUCUGUUGAGCCUUCAUCUGCACUCAUUUUCUUUUUUUCUCACUGACAGUGCUGUUAGCUUCAUGUGUUAAAGUGCUAUGGUUGCAUGUAGCUGCAGCCUGCUACUACGCAGUUGUUUGCUACUUGGUUCUAAUUCAGCACACGAUUGGUUUAGCGCAGCGCAGACUUGGAGAAUCUCCCCUUUUUAUUGGCUAUUUGUAUAGUCUAUCAAAACAUGGCAGAAUGCCUGCUAUCGAAAAGCAUAUUGACCAUGGCUGUGUCUGAAAUGAAUCACUCAAUCCCUAACCCACAUAUGGGAUUUCAGAUAUAGUUGACUAUGUAGUGAACUCAAUCACUGGAGGUUACAGACACUACAUCCGUUAUGUUUUAACAUAGAAACACCAACAAUGUCUCCUAAUAUUUCAUGUUUGAUCGUCACUUUUAUACAAAAAAAGCAAUUUGAUUGAGAGACUAUAUGAAUAAUGUUCAGAAAGUUUCCAAUGACUGUCAAAUAGUGUUUGUGCUUAAAUUGCCAUCCUUAUAAAGACCUGGUUCUAAACUUGUCCUGUCUCUUGGUCUCUGCAGGUGUAGCAGGAUGGAUGUGCUUUAUGGUCCUCUGGGUUUGGGUGUAGUUGCAGGACUGGGCUGUGGGCUCCUCCUCGGUUGGCACCUUCGUUCACGCUUUGGCCCGACAACUAAAAGCCUGAUGGCAGCGGUGGGGAAUGGUGCAGGUGAGGCGAGUGUGAUGGGUGAAGGAGGCGAGUUUAAGAUGAUCCUGGUGGUCAGAAAUGACCUGAAGAUGGGCAAAGGGAAGGUGGCCGCUCAGUGCUCCCAUGCUGCUGUAUCAGCAUACAAACAGGUCCAGAAGAGGAACCCUGAGCUGCUCAAACAGUGGGAGUACUGCGGGCAGCCCAAGGUGGUGGUGAAGGCACCCGAUGAGGACACUCUGAUUGACCUGCUGGGUCACGCCAAAGAGGUGGGACUUACUGUCAGCCUGAUUCAGGAUGCAGGAAGGACACAGAUCGCACCAGGAUCACGCACAGUGCUGGGGAUCGGUCCAGGUCCAGCCAAUCUGAUCGACGAAGUCACAGGAGAUCUGAAGCUCUAUUAGAGUCCGGACUGUUGUCUGAAGGACUUUCAAACAGUGUAGAAAAAUCUCUUCCAGGUGUAAAAUAAGCCGGGCCACCAUGUGUUCAUAUUUUUGGACAACAAAAAACUCAAUAACAUCAUGAUUUUUGAGAACCACUCCUGGUAUUUUGUGCACUUCUUUUUUUUUAAUCAAGUUAAUCCUUUAAAUUUCCCAGCAGCCUGAUGAUUUUGUUCUUGGUGUUUCUGUGAUAGAAACAAACAAUGUCUGUGUCAGAGUCAGCUCAAAGUUAGAAAUCAUCUCGCUCAGAGGAAAGUUGGUCUUCUGAUAAUCAUAGGAUACAAAGUUAGACUUAAUCUAGUGUUUGUCACAACAUAAAAGUAAAGGGUUUUUCCAAUCAAAUCUACAGUGGUUUACUUCUAUCAAACCUACACUUAGGAGCUCUAAACUAACUUAUCUACAUUUAAUGAUGCAAAGCCAAUGAGCCAAACAGCUAAAAAAAACAGCAUAUUUGUAUUUGUAUGUGUUUAUAUUUGGUUGAUUCUGAAACAGUGAUUCACAUUUACACAAAGACAGGCUAAAUUUUACACUCAGUUGUGACAGUAAGCAGGAGUUUUUCCAAAGACACACACACACGAGAUAAGACAGAACUUUGUCCACAUAGACUGAUUAAAACAGCUCAAACUGGAAGUGCUGAAGGUACCAGUAACAGCAUGCAAACUAUCAGACAAGUGAUGUAUUCACAUGUAAAUGGAAAACAGUUUUUAAAGUCAUUAAAAAAACCUCUGCUCCUGUUUCAUCUGCCAUAUUCAUGCGUGGUUAAACAGGUCUUAAUCCAAAAAGGUGCCUUUUCCUUUAAAAAGGAAUUAAAGAUUUGUGAAAAGCAUACACAACCGUAUAAACCCAUAGAGACAGGUGAAGUGAUCAUUUUGUCUGAUUUAGCAGUGCAGCAAAACAGCUGAUUAUAAGUCUUGUCAUUGUGAUUUCUCCACAAACAGGUGAAUAAUGAAUAUGUUUUCCUGGAUUAAAGUGCUGUGGUGCUUCAUGGUGAGCUUUUCCUAAAAGCAUAAACUGAAGCCUCUCAUGAAUCACUACUGAAAGUCUGCAUGCUCCUUGAGUAUGAAGAUGAGUUCAGUUGACCUCGAUUGGUUUAAAGUUGCAAAAGAUUUUAUGUGAUCAUGAGUCUGCUCUAUCCUUGAGACAGUUACAUUUGAACCAAUAGAGGGCGCUAGUGCUACACCCACAUUUAUCAUGGUCUGCUUAUGACGUUGGGAUAGAAAGUACACCCAAAACACAGUGUUAUAUUCAAAUCCUUGAUACGCUUCAGAUUGUCUGAGUUAGAGUUGAGUGUGUGACAUCAAGCUUAUUUUGUGCAUUGCUAUCUAAACUUCUAAAUGAAUAACAACAACAAAAAAAAAA